ACACACUGCCCGUGCGUCUAGAUACUAAACAGUGUCCGCGCAUGAACAUGGAAAUCGCCACAGUAAACGGUCUUCCUUAUGAGGAUUUUGUGAAUAUUUUCGGCAAUGUGGUGGAGAAAUGCCCCAUUAUAACAGCCGCUGUGUGGUCAAGGCGUCCCUUUGUGAACAUGAGUUCUUUAGAGGCUGCUAUCAGUGAGUUCAUUGAUGCUCUGCCAGAAUCAGGUAAAGAGGGGAUCCUCAGGUGUCACCCGGACCUCGCUGGCAGGGACCUCCAGAGUGGCACCUUGACACCGGAGUCACGCGAGGAGCAGGCAGGAGCCGGAAUGGAUGGGCUGGACUCCACGGAGCUUUUACGCAUGGCUCGGCUCAACGAGGAGUACAAGGUGCGCUUUGGAUUCCCAUUUGUCAUCUGCGCCAGGAUGAAUGACAAGGCGACCAUCUUACAGCAGCUGUCCGAGCGGCUCAGGAACGAGCGCGCGAUGGAGAGGGCGCGUGGCAUAGAGGAGGUGAAGAAGAUAUGCCGUCUGCGUCUCCAAGGUCUCGUGCUCAUUGACGCACAGAAUAAAUUAUGAUAUUGGACGUUGUGCCAGAUUUACCACUUCGAUGUAAAGACUGAUGCUGCUGACAUGUCUUUAUAGGCUGUGAUAUUUGGUUUAUUCCAAAUGUAUUAUGCAUUAUUCAUUCAUCAUACUGUACAAUGAAUUAUUCAAACAUGUGGAUCAGUUAUUCUAAUUUAACAAUAAGACAUUAUAUAACCUAUAGGCUUAUAUAUACACAAGUGAACAUCAAUAACCUAAUAUAACAAUUUUUAGCAGUAAUGUACGCAUAUGUACAUUCAUAAAGCUCAUUGUACACUACUGACAUGUCUCAGAUGAAAAAGAAGGCACUUAAAAACUCUUGCAACCACA